CCUUGUUCGAGCUGCAGCACUGGCAUCCUUAUCAUCUUUAUCUAUCAGUAACAAUUUAAGAAAACAAAGGAAAAUCCGAAAAGAAGCUGAGGAUACAGUUCAGUUGGGUAUGACUCUGGGGUUGGCAAUGAAUGGGAAGGAAGCUGAAGUUGUGGAGCGAGUAAUUCAGAUGGAAGUUGAAGACAUGGAUAGAGUGAAGGCAAAAGGGGUGGAGCCAGGUGCUUAAUUUGAGCACUUGAUAGGUGGUUCUAGCGUAUAAUUGUAUCCUCAUGAAGAUUCUUUCCUGGAAUGUUAGAGGCUUGGGUAGGGCAGAUAGAAGGCAAAGGAUUAAGGAAUUUCUAAGUCAGAAAUAUGUGGAUAUGGUUCUGCUGCAAGAAACAAAACGGUCAUGUAUGGAUGAGAGUGGUGUUAGGUCUUUGUGGCCUAUUGAUUCGGUGGAAUUCAUGGAAGUGGGCGCAGAUGGUAGUGCUGGAGGGCUUCUUUGU